ACAGGUAUUGGCACAACAGCAGGGAGUAGGCCUUUAUAGUGAGUCACUUAUUCACGUACAUGUACAAUGUAUAUCGAUCUUUAAAUCCAGGCAAGCCGUGCACUGUAACCUUGACAAAGCGAAAGUAGGACGUGGCUUAAACAUACAUUCCAGUAUGGAUUUCAGGUUUAAAUCCACGAUCAUUCUGUUUCUGCUUUUCGUCCUGCUUGGUGUAGUCCCUGCUGACCACAUUUCGUCUGAUGACCCGGUGGACAAAGACGCUUCUGACCGGGUUGUACGAGAAGCCGAACUGGAAUAUAGUCCGCUCAUAGAAGAUGCUGAGACCCGUGUUGAGAGGGAUGUUGCAGUUGUCGGAGCGGUGGUUGCCGUUGCAAAGUUAGGACUGGACGUUAUCAACACCAUACUGAAUAAUUUGCCCGCGGCCAUUACUCGCACUUGUAUUGUGACCAUACGUAACUACCUGGGCACAAAAGCCUUGGUGAAUCCAGUUGUGUAUACUAAGGCAUCGAAAAUGAAAGUGAUUCCACCAGAGAGAAUCGGCCCAGGAGAAGCCACUGUCCUCGAGUUUGAUCAAGUCGGAAGUAGUGGGGAGCCUGAAGGAUCAUUUGUAUACAAUAUCGAGGGGACGGACCUCUAUGUAAUCAUAUUGUUCCACGUGGUACCCCCAAACGCCUACAACGCCAGAAUAUUUUCAUUUGAAGCCAAAUACUCGGACGUCAAGGUAAACCUACACAACGGUAUGAAGACCUUAGCUGAUUAUUACCCUUUAGUAGCAGACGACACCAUUCAGUAUGACAUACGCAAAGAAUGUGGUUACAAAGUGUCUGUCGUCAUGACUGACCACGAGAGGGCUACGAUGCAAGUUGACGUCUAUGAUUGCCCGGAUACUGUUGACCAGACUGCCUUAGUAGUGACCAAUCAAGCCAUUAAUGGAACAAAUGUCGAUCCCCUGGGAUGUAAGCCUGGUGAUUUACCAAACUGUGGGUGCUGCCAGACCAUCUCUUUUGGCAAUACCCUCUUCUUCUUGCCAGCAAUUUUGACAUAUGUGUUCUUUUCUACCCUUCUUGCUAUUUUUUACGGUAUUCCACGAGAUUUUGGUCUUUAAUUUGGCAGAGCCAGGCAUAUUUUCAAGGUCACAAAUUAAACGCAGAACGGUUAAAUGGAUUUUUUCUUUGAAUGAAAUUUUUAAAUUGUAUGGUGCUCUCCUUAAAGACCCAAUUGACUUGUCCCUUCAGUUCAAUGUCACUGAGAACAUUUUAUUUUACUUUUAUUUAAUCUUCUCAGCAAUAGCGAAAUGUUUUCUUUUCAACAUGUCUUGUAAUAUUUUUCGGUAUUUCACAAAAUAUUGUCUUUUAAUUUAGUAAAACCGGAACAUAUUUUGAAACAUUGAAAACGCAUAAAACGCUGAAAGGUUUAAAUGUUUUUUUUUUACUGUAUACUUAAGGAAAAUUACAAUAGAAAUGUUUUUAGACUUUCAUCCCAAUCUGUUAGUAUCUCCAGCACAGUGCCAUAUAUGGAACAUGCACAAUUGAAGUUCUUAAUAGACAACAGAAAUACUGGAACCCUUAGAAAUAUAUUAUGCGUGCAGCUGGAUUUUGUAUCUCGAUAUCGAUAUACAUGUAUAUUCCCCAGUUAAUAUGUAGCAACCUACAGAUAGUUUCAAGAUUUAACUUUUACCAACCAUGUAUAAUAGCAUAUGUUGUAUAGUAUUCUAUGUAAUGUUAGGUAAUUGAUCACGUAAUGAGUUUUUUUUUAUAUUUCUUUGGCGUCACAAUUUGGUUUAAUGUUGUAUUUUGAUAUGCACAUACUCGACAAUAGAAGUGUCAUCACCACUGAACCAAUACUUUGGGGGAGAUAAAUGACUGUGGAAUGAUAUGCUCCUGGUAUC